AUGGAUAUUUAUUUUGUCGAUAACGGAAGGUUAGAUGAAAUUGAAACGUUUUAUGAGGCUUGUCAGCGCUAUAGGGAUUAUUAUAGAGGAUAUCCAAAGGCUUAUCACCCCUUACUGUACUUUAAAGAUCCUGAAUACAUGUUCCAAUGUCCAUCUGAAAUGACACCGGUCUAUUUGUCGUUCCCAUCAUUUCACGUGAAAUAUAAGCAACCUGUGGUGCUGCCAGGCGACACAGGUCGUACAAGCGGUAUUCCAUCAUUACCGGAUAGAACUUUAGCUGGACGGUUUAAUAAAGCUGCAUGCAAAGCUUUCGUUAGAUAA